CCCCGCGCCUUCUGUUCCCGUGAUGCCUCGAAGUGAGCGUGCGCGCGCGGGAGCGUGCGCGAGGAGAGCGAUCUUUCUCUUGUGUGUGUGCGCACUGCACUUGUUGUAAGCAGUGUGGCGGAUGCUUAAGAAAAGAAACUGUCCUGAAACUCCUGAAAAAGAGGAGAGGGUAGGAUAGGAUCAGGAAUAAACGGGUCGAAGCUGAAAUGAUGUGAUGUUUCUUUAAAAAUGACAGAGAUUAUUCAUCCUGCGUUUGGCUGUAUCUGCUCCAUGACAUACCAGGCAUGACCCUCUUAUAGCACAGAUAAACCUGCAUCCUCCAGACUUUAACCAUCUCUAGUUAUCACUCCAGCUACAGAACAAGAUGGAAGAAAUCGAUUCUGUGAGAUUCAAGCCCUUGCUAGAAGAUUCAAGUGUCCCGUCGACAUACUCUGCUGACACCAUCAAUAUUGACGAUGGGUGUUAUAAUGCACUACGUGAAGAUCUGGAAGCAGAUGCUCGGGACUUUGAGGCUCCCACCUGGAGUUUAACUGUUGACCAGCAAUAUUUAAAAGAGUAUUCCAAAGAGGACAUUAAAAGACAAGAUGUAAUACAUGAGCUGAUUCAGACGGAAAUAAACCACGUGCGGAUGCUAAAGCUGGUUUUGGAUGUAUAUGUUCGGGAACUGCGUGAGACCCUGCAAAUGGACGAGAUGCAGCUGGAAAGACUGUUUCCACAGGUGGAUAACCUGCUGCAGCUGCAUCGGCUUUUCCUCAACCACCUUAAACAGCGAAGAAUCGAAUCUUUGGAGCCAGGCAGUACCCAGAAUUACUGCAUCCACAGUAUUGGAGACAUUCUUAUCGCACAGUUUUCAGGUGAAAUAGGAGACAGACUGCAAUACUGCUAUGGAGUGUUCUGCAGUCACCACACCGAUGCAGUCAGCUUCUACAAAGACUUAAUGCAAAACAGCAAGAAAUUCCAGAGUUUUAUACGAAAAAUAUGUCAGCUGUCUAUCAUGCGGAGAUUAGGAAUACCAGAGAUAAUUCUUCUUAUAACACAGCGCAUCACAAAAUAUCCAGUUUUAAUUGAACGUGUAAUUAAAUACACUGAAGUUGACUCAGAGGAGCACAGGAACCUGGUACAAGGUCUGGAACAGCUAAAAGGCACCAUCUCACAAGUAAAUACCCACGUUGACGAGUUUGAGAAAGCGGCACGGCUGAGGGACUUGAGCAGUAAGCUGGAGCCCAAGUCCCAGGUCAAGACGACGCACGGGAGAGUGUUCCGCAGAGAGGACAUGCUGCAGGGUGAGAGGAAGCUGCUUCAUGAGGGCAUUCUCAACUGGAGGCUAACUUCUAACAAAAGCAAAGAUGUCCUUGUCUUGCUGUUGUCAGAUGUUUUGCUGCUGUUACUGGAGAAAGAUCAGCGACUUACCUUUGCCUCUCUGGAUGGUAAGCCUGCGGUGAUCUCACUGCUGAAGCUUAUCGUGCGUGAAGUGGCUCAAGAUGAGAAGGCCUUGUUCCUGAUCUCAGCCUCCUCGGACAAUCCAGGAAUGUAUGAGUUUCGCACCUCCUCCGGGGAGGAGCGCAAAACCUGGAGAGACCAAAUCUGGAAGGCUGUGGAACGCUGUCCUGAAGAGGAGAAAGAGGAGCCAGAAGAGCUUCCUGAGAGGAUCCGGAACUUUCAAAAGGAGCUUUGUAUGCGUGAUGCCUUGAUAGAGCAGCUCCUUACAGAGAAGCAGAGUUUAUUCUCCAGCUUCACAGCCUAUGGGACAGGUGUUCCCGACAUCUCACUGAGUGAGCGCCAUCUGCUGCGUGGGAAUGUAGCAGAGCCCCUGCAGGGAGAACAACUCCUCGCUGGAGCCGUAAAAGAUGUGGAGAUUUUACAGAACAUGCUUGUAACAUGUGAGGAGGGCCAAACUCCUUCCUCUGGUGAAGGAAUGGAUCUGGUCCCACUAUCCAAGGGACCGGGUGCUUUCACAGGCUUUGACAGCGAUGCCUGCAUGCAGCCAGGAAAUGGUAUUGGGAGUUUAAUGGAAAGACAGAGAGACGGAAGUCAGUGGGCCAACUCGGACCCUGAUGAAAACCUGGAGCUGUCGGCAGAUGAGGAGAUAACUCCACAGAGCUGGAGUGCAUAUCCUUCAGACUUUCCUAAAGCAGAGCUUUAUGACAUUGUAACUAAAUUGUCUCAGAAGCUUUACAGCCUUCAGUCUGUCGUCCAGCAGCUAGAGAGCCACAUAGAGGUACAGCACGCCACUAUUGAGGAUCUGAUGUCCCGCCCCCGGGGAAAUACUCUCCUGGAGAAGGAAAAGCAACGGAACUUGGAAAAGCAGCGUGAGGAGCUGGUCAACUUCCAGCGGCUCCAGAACCAGCACCGACAGGAGCAGGUGCAGUGGGAGCAGGAAAGAGAGCGGCAGAGGGUGCAGGCGGAGGUCAGGGAGCUGGAGCUGAGGGACAGAGAGCUGGAAUGCAGCAAACAGGAGAAAAAGCUGGCAGAGGAUAAACAGGAACUGGCCGGGUGUAAAUCAGAAUACCAGAAGGAUCUGGAGCGCCUCAGAGACUCGAUGCGCAUUGUGGAGAAGGAAAGAGAAAAGGUGGAGAAGGACAGAGAGAAGCUGGAGAAGGACAGAGAAAGGCUGGAACAGCUGGAGAAGAAGUAUAAGAAGAAUGAGAAUGUUCUUAACACUGCAACCUUUCCCAUGGAGAAUGAACAGAUACAGCUACCUCCACCUUACCCCAUAUUGAAUAUGGUAACUCCUGGCUUCGACGAAAGGCCUCCUCUGGUACCGCCACGCAAGGAGAGCAUCGCUAACAUUCCUGUUAAACCUGAAGUGCCCAUCCACCUCGUUAGCACCACCAACCAAUCCCACAAAGCCAGCUCCGUCCAACAGAAGAUCCCCACCAAACUGGCUGCCCAACCGAGAGGCAAGGAGAAGCACAGCAAGCCCAGGAACUCCCACCAGCGCACCAAGAGCGCAGCUGGCAUAGAGGUGUCUGAGGUACUUCCCAUCAAAAUUUCAACAAAGGAAGGAGGCAGUUUAAGAGUCAUGAGAUCCAACAGUCCCCACCGGCUCCAUCCAGAUAUGUUUAUCCAUCCAGAGAAGUUAUCCAGCUCCAUACCCUCUCAUUCAGGAAACGGCAUCAGGAAACGCAACCACAAUCAUAACGCACACAGUACCCAGCCAGGACAUUGUAAAACCAAAGACAACGCAAGUGCAGAAGACAUAUUUUACUUUUAAUAAGCCUGUGCAAUCUGCGAGAGUACAACAUUGUUGCAGAGUGAUUGUUAUCACUCUAACAUGACUUGCACUGACGUAAGUGCAUUUUUCCAAAAAUGUAAUCAUGCAGAUUUUAGUCAUAAUUAUGACUUUUUUUUUUUUUUUUUACUAUGAUUUAAAUUGAAUUGGGAAAGAAAAAAAACAUUCAUUCAGAGGGACAGUGAAAACCCAUUUUGGAGGUACCCAGAAGUACUUAGGUGAGAUUUAGGCUUCUUUACUUUAAGUCUGUUUCCUAAAGGCUUUGUGAUCCGACAGUCACAGUAUAUCAGUACAAAAUUCAGUUCAGGUCCGCAUUACAGAGUGGUCUUUGUCUUAACGAUUUGUCGUUCCUGUAAAUAGCCGUUUUUAGUUAUUUAUUGUGAUUUUAAUUCAGGGAUGUUUGAGCCCCACAAGUGUUGCACUGUCUUAGUGUUCUUCCUGGACUCUUUAUAGGAGUCAUGUAAUCAAGAGCUUCUCUCAAAAAAGUGUCAACCUAUUUAAUGUAUGGAAUUUGUUUAAAGUGUAAAUUUCCUUUUGGAGUUUUCCUCCAGUUUCUGCACAGAUCAGGGGAUCUUUGUUUUGCUUCUGUUAACUGGAAAAUGAUGUUAUAUUUGAGCAAAAAUUUUGUAGUGUUUUAGAAAAAAAUAGCCUUGUUUUUCUUCAUGAGUUGGGGAUACAUUCUCAUCACUACUAAAUGUCAAAGGUACCUCUGCUUAUAUCUUUUUUUAGUUUUUGUCUAAAUUCAUGUGGCACAGUUCUGUUGGAUCAUUAUUUUUAUUUUAUACAUUGUUUUAUUCUGAGAAAAUACAGAUUGUCUUAGGUAGAAAUGUACAUUGUAAAUAGUGCAGAAGAAAUACAGCUUUUUGGGUUCUCUCAACGAGUACUGCUGCACUUUUAAGUGCUCGCUCUGUUACAUGAACAAACAUAAAACCUGUAUACUCAUAUUUA